CAGAAGCAACUUGUGUGUCUUGUCUCUUCUCUCAUUCGUCCUCAUCUGCCCUUUAAAUCUCUCGUACGAGUCGCCACCUCAUCCAUCAUUUAUAAAACUCCUCCAACGAUUCUCUCUGUGCUCGUUUGUGUGUAGGAAAGAAAAAGAGUUAUGUCGAUGAUGGCGAUGACAAUCCGUAACUCUGCUUCACGGGGAACCAUGAUGAGCCGUCAGAUCUACGGAUUGAGAUCUAUGUCGUCGUGGUGGAAGAACGUGGAGCCUGCUCCCAAAGAUCCCAUCCUCGGAGUCACCGAGGCUUUUCUCGCUGAUCCUAGUCCUGACAAAGUUAACGUUGGUGUGGGAGCAUAUCGUGAUGAUAAUGGGAAGCCUGUUGUGUUGGAUUGUGUCCGAGAAGCUGAGCGUAGGAUUGCUGGCACCUCCUUCAUGGAGUAUCUUCCUAUGGGAGGGAGUGUCAAAAUGGUGGACGAAACAUUGAAGCUUGCCUAUGGGGACAAUUCUGAAUUUAUCAAAGACAAAAGAAUCGCUGCAGUUCAGUCUCUGUCCGGAACUGGUGCAUGCCGACUCUUUGCUGACUUCCAGAAACGUUUCCGUCCCGAUUCUCAGAUCUACAUUCCUGUACCAACCUGGUCCAACCAUCACAACAUCUGGAGAGAUGCACAAGUCACUCAAAAGACAUACCAUUACUAUCAUCCAGAAACCAAGGGCUUGGAUUUCUCUGGAUUGAUGGAUGAUGUGAAGAAUGCUCCCGAAGGCUCCUUCUUCCUUCUUCAUGCUUGUGCUCACAAUCCUACUGGAGUAGACCCUACAGAGGAACAAUGGAGAGAGAUAUCACAGCUAUUCAAGGCGAAAAAACAUUUUGCAUUCUUCGACAUGGCCUAUCAAGGUUUUGCAAGUGGUGAUCCAGAGAGAGAUGCCAAGUCCAUCAGGAUCUUUCUCGAGGAUGGUCAUCAUAUUGGAAUCUCUCAGUCUUAUGCGAAGAACAUGGGACUCUACGGCCAGAGAGUCGGUUGUCUCAGCGUGCUUUGUGAAGAUGAGAAGCAAGCUGUGACUGUGAAAAGUCAGUUGCAGCAACUAGCUAGACCAAUGUACAGUAACCCACCUCUACAUGGAGCUCAAAUAGUCUCAACUAUUCUUGGAGACCCUGAGUUAAAGAGCCUAUGGCUAAAGGAAGUUAAGGUCAUGGCUGAUCGGAUAAUUGGCAUGAGGACUUCAUUGAGAGAAAGCCUUGAGAAGUUAGGAUCGCCUCUAUCAUGGGAGCACGUAACCAAGCAGAUUGGAAUGUUCUGCUACAGUGGGAUGACACCAGAACAAGUUGACCGCUUAACUAGCGAGUAUCACAUCUAUAUGACCCGUAAUGGUCGUAUCAGUAUGGCCGGUGUUACAACAGGAAAUGUGGGAUACCUUGCGAAUGCUAUACAUGAAGUCACCAAGUCAUCUUAAAUUGUUUUACAUGUCUCAAGUGGAGAGAUAAAUUUGUUUCUUUCUGAAGAGUUAAUAAGACAGAGGAAGCCAUGUUACAUGUUCUUCCACAAUUGUUUUGGUGGGGGCUGAAAGUCUUACCCACAAACAGUAACUUUAUCAGCACAAUAAAUUCUUGAAUUUAUCUUUAAACCGCUUUUUAGUUGAUUUCAAAUGUUUUGUCUGCUUAUAUAAAUUGCUGGAGGUUUAAGAGCUUAGAGAUCAGUUUGAAGAUUGUGAGUUGUUAGUUGGAUAGACUUGCCAAGUGUUUUAAGGGGGAAGUUUCCAAGGUAACUGGAAGUUCAAGUACAAACGAACAAAUUAGGAGCAGAAAGGGAAAGAGAAAAAAUCACAGACGGAUAGGAAUCAUAAGCACAAAACAAAAGAAUGAGAAGUUGGGCGUGCCCCUUGUAGUUUGGCAAUGCUUUUGUAAAUUAGAAGUUUUUAUUGUGACUAAAAGUACAUACAGAAAUGGAUGAUGUAUACAACUAUAAGGGUUAAAACGCAAACUUGAACAAACAAUACAAAGUUAGACGUAACAACAUCCUGAAUCUGACAUUUAGAAGGGUUUAAUUAGAGCUGAG